UGAAGAUUAAAUUAUUAAUAAUAGUUAUAAAAAACGCAAUUAAUUGUUUAUAUUUUGUUGGUGUAGUCAGGCUUGUAGAAGUUAUUUCAAUAUAGAUACCACUAACAGUGUUCAGUGGAUGAAAUAAUGAAUUUUAAACUCAAUAGAUAUUUUUGCUCUCAUCAAAGAUAACAAUAAUCUCAUGGCUCAAGGAUGGCACAUCAGCAAAAUGGGCUUGGCUAUACAAACAACGACAGGGACCUGCCAUACUGGCUUGAAAAUCUUACCAAGGAGAUGAAAGAGACGCAUAUUCGGAACAGCAAUAGUGAUUCGUCUCCGGUUUUGGAGGAUACCAAAUAUAAAAUUGAAAAUUCUAAUUUGGAGGGACGAAGACUAACGCGCAGAACAUCAUUGGACACUACGAUGGACAUUUUAAUGAAACCUCAACUAGGGUCGGUUGCGCACUCAGCCGGGACCUUGCGUCAACCGAAAGCUUACAGCCAAACCGGACGGAGAGUGUACAACGUCAGGGGUAAACUAGACUGGGGGGACUCUUCAAAUUCUACCUCAAACGAUUUCCUAUCGGACUUGCUCCCACAUUACGUCACACCGCGGCAUCGGCGCGCUAAUAACGUUAUCGACGAUGAUUUUCAUGACGUCAUUCUAGGGACCAGACAACCAGAGCCAAAACCUCGAAAAAAGGCGAUAUCGAAAGACAGCGGCAUUAAUUUACAACAAAGCAAUUCCAUCAAAAGAGUUGCUGCGAAAAAUCCAACGAAAAAACCGGCAUCUUUGAGUUCAGUUCCAACGAAAUAUGGACAGAAGGAAAAAGCCAAAAAUGAGUUCGUGAUCCCCGAAUUGCCCGAAGGACGACUGUUGGAACUGAAGAUUUUCUCUAAUUGGGGAGACAAGUAUUUAGUUGGCCUUAACGGUAUAGAACUAUUCGAUGCAGACGGCAAUCCUGUAACAGUUGAAAAGGUAUGGACAGAUUCGGACACAGGGGACCAAUCGAAGCACGGUCGGGCAGAGAACAUAAUAGAUGGAGUGAUGCGAACAAGGGAUGAGCGACACGCGUGGACAGUGCACGCGCCGCGCGGCAAUCCCAUAGCACUGUCCGUUCUACUGGCUGGUAGCUCUAGGCUGGCUUUGUUGAGGAUAUGGAACUACAAUAAAUCGCGAAUUUAUUCGGCACGUGGCGUCAGGUUGGUGCAGAUCAAACUGGACGACCAAAUUAUAUUUCAUGGUGAGAUAGCCAGGUCUAGUGGCGAGCUGAAGGGGCCAUUGUCUUCGUUUGGCGAUACGAUCCUCUUCACCAAAGAGUCAGCGAUAUUAGAGGCUAUAAUGCAAAACGACAAGAACUUCCAAGCACUGCUCAAGGAUAACGAGCCAAUGACUGACUUUGCCAACACCAUUGACAAACGUCCUCCUACUGCCAAUGAUAACAACCAUAACAUGAGUCCCAUCGAACUGCUGGACUCCUUGGAUAUUGAAGAGAAGGAGAUCAAGUAUGUGGCCAAGAAAGUCAAGUUAACGCUCAUGUCUAAUUGGGGACAGAGGCAUUUGGUUGGGCUUACAGGCAUAGAACUCCUUUGCUACAACGAGCCUAUCAAGGUUCACCGUGCCUACGCAUACACGGCCUUCAUAACUGAGGACCAAGCGCCUGAACACAGCAGUCUCAUCGAGUGCAAGAGUCUGUUCAACGGCAAGAACAUUACCACUGACUUUGAGGACAUGUGGUGUACUAACUUCGCGACUGGGACCAAGUUCUGUCAUAUUGUCAUGGAACUGUUGGAGACUACGGAAAUUACUAGCAUCCGCUUAUGGAAUUACAACGCGAACAUGGAGCUCUCGUACAUCGGGGCGAAGCACGUGCGCGUGUUCCUGGACGGAGCGGCGCUCCACUACCGCCCGCUGUUACUCCGCAGGGCUCCCGGGGACACCUGCUAUGACUACGUCCAGCAGAUAGAACUGCUCUCCAUCGAUGAUAGGUUAGAGGACGCGAAGGAUUCCGACAGUUUCCGCAUGGACUGCCUGGUGUACGGCAGCAAGCUGGACAUGGGAGCCCCCACCGGCUUCGUGCUGCAGCUCAACAUAUUCUCCACUUGGGGAGACCCCUACUACGUGGGUCUUACGGGCGUCGAGCUAUAUGAUCCGGAGGGGACCUUGAUACCGCUCACUGAGACAAACGUGUGCGCGCACCCGGCGAGCGUGAACGUGCUGGACGCGCGGGCGGCGGACGCGCGGACGCCGGACAAGCUGGUGGACGGACACAACCGCGCCGCCGACGCCGCGCACUCCUGGCUCGCGCCCGUGCUGCCGCAUACGCUCAACAGGGUAUACUUUGUGUUCGACGUUCCGGUAUCGGUGUACGGUAUCAAGAUCUGGAACUAUGGGAAAACUCCAACCAGAGGCGUCAAGGAGUUUGGAGUUUUAAUGGAUGAUCUGCUGCUAUUCAACGGUACACUGGACUGUGCCAAAUCUGAUGAGAUCCUUAAUCCUCAGUGGUUCUGUCUGCAGAAUAUAGAUGCGGACAAUUUGACGCCCUCUUCUUCUGACCUGAGUCAGCGCACGACGACGAGCGGCUCGAGCGAGUGCGCCGACCCCAGCGCGCGGCCACACACCAGCGUGCAUGUCUACAAACAUCGAAUAUAAUCACCACUCCCCACUGCCUAUUCCGAGCUUUGUAGGUUAAUUUUCUUGAUGUGUAAAUAUAAUUUUAUUUCGUAGCAUUAACUUUAUUUAAUAAAAUACAUGGGCUUGUGGUCGUAUCAUAAAAACUUCUCACGAAAAUAUGAACUUUAAUAUCCGGCAAAACUAAUGAAGGUGAUAUAUAUACGACUCUUCAUUUCAGCCGAGUUAUAAUUAGGUACGUAUCGAGAGAGUUAACUUACAAAACUCGGAAUAUCAGCAUUCUGUCCAAACCACUAUCAAAUUCCUGUCAACCUUAUUGUCUUAUCCAUAGAGACUGUUUUCAAUUGUGUCUCUUGUGUUCGUAAUGACCAAAACAGGACUAUUUUAGUCCUAUGUUGAGUCCUUAUUUAAAAUGUUGCGUUACUAACGAAUUUGCCCCAUUUUAGAAUAUUUUUCUUAACUCAUAAGCAUCGGUUUAAGAAGUAGAUCGCAAUGUUUGUAAUGAGCAUAAGCGAUGCUUAAAAUUUUCAAGAUUUCUUGACGGUUUAAGAUAAGAUGACUUUAUUUUGAAACGAGCGUAGAUAUACCACUUAGCACUACAUUUUAUUGUGAAUUUAUUAUAUAGUUGGUAGUAGGAAAUGCAGGCAUGUAGGAAUUUGUAGACUGCGCACACGCCAAAUAUUUUUUAUCUUUGUUUACAUUCACACUUAAUUGUUAAACGUAAUAAUAAUAAGGUAAAAACCGUAAAAAAUAAAAUCUAGGAAUUGAUGUAAUUAAAUUAUUUGCUGAAACUAUAUAUCUAGUGUCCGUCCACCGUUGUGAUGCGCCGUGAAGCCUGUGGCAUCAUGCAGCUGAUCGGAAAUUGUUGUCAAUAGUUAAGUGACCGUGUAACGUGAAUUUUUGUACUACAAAUAAAUGAUAAUUUAUA